AUGGCGGGUCGCAAUGCCUCCGGGCAACCACGACAGACUUCUUCGGCUCCUCCCAGGUUGGAAUCAGUUCGCCCGCCCCCAGCAGCUUCCCCGGCACUACAAGCCCACCGGGCACCCCAAGUCUUUGACAAGUAUCCCCCAGGUAACACUCGCCCUCUCCCUGCUCGCACCUUCGACGCACCCAUUAUGAUCUUAUCACGCAAGUCAAUCAAACACUACCUGGAGCAAUCGGUUACCCUCCAGAAGUGGGCUCAGCAGAGAACCGAGGGAAAAGCCAAGCUGUGGCUUGACAAAAAGUACCUCGAGAAAGUCGACAACCUCAAGGUCCAUGAACGCAAAGCCGCCGAGAUCCGUGACCCCGGAGUCAAGGCAAGAGCUCAAGACAAGAUACGACACCUCCAACAGGAAGUGUCAGUGGAGAAACAGAAAAUCCUCACAAAAGAAUCACAGCACAUCAAAGAGACAGAACGCGCAUGGGCAACUUUUGUGAGCAUCAAGGCUCACGAGGAAGAAGCUGCUAUACGACAUAAUAUACGCAACAUCCUGGGGCUGCCAUCCAAUCCCCUCGUAACUUCUCGAGUCGAAAAGCUGCUAGGCUCGGACGGAACAGUGCCGCAAACCCCCUCCUUGCCGACUCAUACACUAUCCUUCUUCCGCGGUUCUCCUUUGACGCAUACCAGGAUGAGCUGGGAGGAGGCGAUGGCAGGGUCUAUGGAAGGCAUCGCAGACAAGUCGGAUCUGAACAACGACAUACCGUACGAUAUCAAGAUCCCCGAAUGGUUCGCCGUCCUCGAUGCUCAGAGACAGGUUCGGUUGACUGGCAACACGCCCAGGGACCGAUGGGUUUAUCUGUGCAACAUGCUCUUCAACCUGGAGGCUUCGAUCAGGAUUCUCAGGUACCAAGAGGAGCACAAAGACGAGCUGGCGUGGACGAAGUGCGUUACCAAUCCCCCGAUACCCGGCCCGAUGUCUUCCCAGGAGAUGAUGAACGAGGUUCAGGCAUGCAUCAACCAGGCAAUGGCCAAGGUUCGUGCUGCCGACAAAGAGGUGGUGAAAACGCGCACGGCAAAGUCCAGAGCUGCAAAGAACGAAGAUGAAGGCUUGCAUAUGAUGAAGAUGCGACAGGAAGUCCAGCAGCUCGAGAUGAAGCAACGGAACGCACUGCAUGAUCUAGCCAACCGCCCUGUCGGAUCAGUGUCCACCACUGCUCGUAUGCAGGCCAACCCGUACCGCAGCACAGGGCCGUCAACUUCGUCGUCAUCGUCAGCAGCACCUGCGCCGGCCACGAGACAGGAUUUCCAAGCCCGAGGGCUGAUGGUGCCUACUGGUUUGCAACGACGGGGCUCGCAGGACAGCACAGACGAUGAAGACAGAGUGAGGCUGUAG